CCGGGACAGGACCGGACCCUGCGUGCCAGGGAGCAGCCACCGCCGCCAGGAAUCCGGGAGCGGGCUCGGGGCUGGGCAGUACCGGGACCCUGCCGGGCAUGGCUGUACCGGGGAGCUGAGAGCCACUGACCCGCAGGCUGGGAAGUUGAUACCGAAGGUCAGCAAGUGAAGAGAGGAAUUCCUGGGGCGGUUCCAGCCAGGACCAAAGUCCCAACAAGAUGGAGAAGGAAGAGGAGGAAACACGGGAGAUCCUGCUCCCCAACUGGAAAGGAAGCGGCUCUCACGGAAUCACCAUUGACCAGACGGAAGAUGGGGUCUUCGUGAAGCAGGUGGUGCAGACUUCCCCUGCUGCCAGAACUGUGAAGGAAGGGGAUCAGAUUGUGAGCGCCACCAUCUAUUUCGACAACCUGCAGUCCGGAGAGGUCACGCAGCUGCUGAACAGCAUGGGCCACCACACGGUGGGGCUGCGGCUGCAGCGAAAGGGGGACAAGUCUCCAUUGCCGGGACAGUCAUGGUCACACGAUGUGUUCUCACCCAGGAGCCCAGAAGUUGUUCUGAGUGGGGAUGAUGAAGAGUACAGGAGAAUAUACACAACGAAAAUUAAACCACGUCUGAAGUCGGAAGAUGCAGCAGAAGCUGAACACACAGAAAGCAGAACCAUUACAGUCACCAAAAAGGUCACAGCUUAUACCGUAGAUGUCACUGGACACGAGGGAGCAAGAGAGAUUGACAUCAGCAGCCCAGAAUUUAAAGUUAAGAUUCCAAGCCAUCAAGUCACCCAUAUAACCACAUCAGAAAUUGAAAAAGGACCUGGAAAAACCGUGAUCAAAAUACCACAGGUGGAUUUGUCUGGGAAAACAGACUUCAGUAUGGGGAUCAGAGGUAGACCUAGUGGCGUCUCAUAUUCUGGACCAACUGUCGAAUCAUCCACCAAAAGGUUGGACUUUGGUGCCCCUGACGUGCACAUGAGAGAGCCCAAGAUGGGCACUGAGAUAAAUGUCUCAGGACCUCAAGUCACAGGCGUUCACUCGAGAACCCAAACAGACUUUAAGCCAGCAGAAAUUCAAGUUCCAGGUGUGGACGUUGUCAAAUCGGUUAAUGUUUCAGGCACUAGAGUCACAAGCCCAGAGGGCAGCUUGCCCAGAAUCGAUGCAAAUGGACAGAGGGGAAACCUGGAUGCAAAUAUUCACAUUACUGGCCCUAAACUAAAUGGAAAAAUGGGUGUUUCAGGCAUCGAGGUUAAAACUGAAGUUCCAGGAGGCAAACUGCCGCAAUUUGAUAUUUCAGGCUCCAAGAUAAGAAGUGAUACAGAAGGUCCCAAAGUUGAUGUAUCAUUUUCAAAAAUCAAGGCUCCUUCAGUUGAUAUUUCUGGCCCUAAGAUUCAAGGUGAUAUCAAAGCUCCAAGGGUGGACAUUCCUCUUUCGAGCAUCGAAUGUGAUAUGCAGGACAUUAAAGCUCCAGAAAUUAACAUUGAAAGCCCAGGAAAAAUAAAAAUGCCUGUAAUGAAGAUGCCUAAAUUUGGCUUCUCACCUUCAGCUUCUGAUACUAAUGUUCGAGCACCACAGGCAGGUGUAGACAUUUCUGUGCCAAAGAUACAGGCUCCUCACCUGGAUAUCACAACUCCAUCUGUUCAUAUGGAAGGUCCAAAGGAAAAACUGAAAUGUACAGUGCCUUCAGGGGAAGGUGCUAACAUUGCAAAGCCACAUGUGGGUGUGGCUCUCAAAGGACCUCAGUUGAAGGGAGUGGUGGAAGUGUCCUCUCCAACACUAGAAGGUCCCAGAGUUGGUGUCAAGGGUCCCAAGAUUGAUCUUGUGGCUCCUGAUGUUGAUAUUCAAAGUGGUGAAGGAAAAAUAAAAUUGCCCUCAAUGAAAUUUCCUAAAUUUACUGCAUCAGGUUUCAAAGGGGAAGGCCCUGGUGUGGGUGUGACGCUUCCUAAGGGGGAGAUUACUAUUGCAGGCCCCAACGUAGACAUCAGCACACCAGUUAUAGACACUAGAGGAGAAUGGAAAGUCCCCAAAUUUAGGAAGCCUGAAUUAAUAAAUCAGACACCAAAAAUUUCUAUGUCAGAUGUGGACCUGAGUCUGAAAAGCCCUAGCCUGAAGGGAGAUGUGGGUAUUUCAGGGCCAAGGAUCGAAGGGGAUCUGAAAGGACCCACUGUGGACAUUAAAGGCCCCAAACUAGACAUUGAAGCUCCUGGCAUUGACCUUGAAAGUCCUGAAGGUCAGUUGAAAGGGCCCAAGUUCUCAAUGCCUUCUUGGAAAAUGUCACCAUCAAAAGUAUCCAUGCCAGAUGUGGAUGUGAAUCUGAAAGGGCCUAAAGUGAAGGGAGACAUGGAUAUUUCCAUCCCACAAAUAGGAGGUGACUUGAAGGGACCUCAGAUUGACAUAAAAGGCCCCAAGCUAGAUAUAGAUGCUCCUGACAUUGACAUCAAAGGGCCAGAAGGACACCUGAAAGGUCCCAAAUUUAAGAUGCCUGAAAUGCACAUCAAGACCCCUAAAAUAUCCAUGCCAGACAUCGACUUGAAUCUGAAGGGUCCUAAGCUGAAAGGAGAUGUGGAUGUUUCAGUGCCAAAACUGGAAGGGGAGUUGAAAGCUCCUGGAAUUGACAUUAAAGGUCCUAAAGUGGACAUUGAUGCACCAGAUGUAGAUAUUCACGGCCCAGAUGGUAAACUGAAAAUGCCUAAACCAAAAAUGCCAAAAUUCAGCAUGCCUGGGCUGAAAGGGGAGGGACCAGACGUGGAUGUAACACUUCCAAAGGGGGAGCUGGAUAUUUCCGGUCCGAAGGUACAAAUUGAUGCUCCAGGUAUGGACAUCAAAGGGCCAGAAGGACACCUGAAAGGUCCCAAAUUUAAGAUGCCAGAAAUGCACAUCAAGACACCAAAAAUAUCCAUGCCAGACAUCGACUUGAAUCUGAAGGGUCCUAAGCUGAAAGGAGAUGUGGAUGUUUCAGUGCCAAAGCUGGAAGGGGAGUUGAAAGCUCCUGGAAUUGACAUUAAAGGUCCUAAAGUGGACAUUGAUGCACCAGAUGUGGAUAUUCAUGGCCCAGAUGGUAAACUGAAAAUGCCUAAACUGAAAAUGCCAAAAUUCAGCGUGCCUGGGCUGAAAGGGGAGGGACCAGACGUAGAUGUAACACUUCCAAAGGGGGAGCUGGAUAUUUCCGGUCCGAAGGUACAAAUUGAAGCUCCAGGUUUGGACAUUGAAGGACCCAAGGGAGAACUAAAAGGUCCCAAAUUUAAGAUGCCAGAAAUGCACAUCAAGACACCAAAAAUCUCCAUGCCAGAUGUGGACCUGAAUCUAAAAGCCCCCAAGCUGAAGGGAGAUGUUGGUAUUUCAGGGCCAAGGAUCAAAGGGGAUCUGAAAGGACCCGCUGUGGACAUUAAAGGCCCCAAACUAGACAUUGAAGCUCCUGGCAUUGACCUUGAAAGUCCUGAAGGUCAGUUGAAAGGGCCCAAGUUCUCAAUGCCUUCUUGGAAAAUGUCACCAUCAAAAGUAUCCAUGCCGGAUGUGGAUGUGAAUCUGAAAGGGCCUAAAGUGAAGGGAGACAUGGAUGUUUCCGUCCCACAAAUAGGAGGUGACUUGAAGGGACCUCAGAUUGACAUAAAAGGCCCCAAGCUAGAUAUAGAUGCUCCUGACAUUGACAUCAAAGGGCCAGAAGGACACCUGAAAGGUCCCAAAUUUAAGAUGCCUGAAAUGCACAUCAAGACACCAAAAAUCUCCAUGCCAGACAUUGACCUGAAUCUGAAGGGUCCUAAGCUGAAAGGAGAUGUGGAUGUUUCAGUGCCAAAGUUGGAAGGGGAGUUGAAAGCUCCUGGAAUUGACAUUAAAGGUCCUAAAGUGGACAUUGAUGCACCAGAUGUAGAUAUUCACGGCCCGGAUGGUAAACUGAAAAUGCCUAAACUGAAAAUGCCAAAAUUCAGCGUGCCUGGGCUGAAAGGAGAGGGACCAGACGUGGAUGUAACACUUCCAAAGGGGGAGCUGGAUAUUUCUGGUCCGAAGGUACAAAUUGAUGCUCCAGGUUUGGACGUUGAAGGACCCAAGGGAGAACUAAAAGGUCCCAAAUUUAAGAUGCCUGAAAUGCACAUCAAGACCCCUAAAAUCUCCAUGCCAGACAUUGACUUGAAUCUGAAGGGUCCUAAGCUGAAAGGAGAUGUGGAUGUUUCAGUGCCAAAGCUGGAAGGGGAGUUGAAAGCUCCUGGAAUUGACAUUAAAGGUCCUAAAGUGGACAUUGAUGAGCCAGAUGUGGAAAUUCAUGGCCCAGAAGGUAAAUUCAAAAUGCCCAAAUUCAAAAUGCCCAAGUUUGGAAUGCCUGGGUUCAAAGGGGAGGGAUCAGACGUGGAUGUAAGCCUUCCGAAAGGGGAGAUUGAUCUCUCAGGUCCAAAAGUAGGCUUUGAUGCUCCUGAUUUGGAUUUUGAAGGGCCAGAAGGAAAACUGAAAGGUCCCAAAUUUAAGAUGCCUGAAAUGCACAUCAAGGCACCCAAAAUCUCCAUGCCAGAUGUUGAUUUACACUUGAAAGGUCCUAAACUGAAGGGAGAUGUGGAUGUUGCUGUUCCGAAGAUACAAGGUGAUUUGAAAGGUCCUGAAUUUGAUAUUAAAGGCCCCAAAGUUGACAUUGAUGCACCAGUAGUGGAUAUUCAUGGCCCAGACGGUAAACUCAAAAUGCCUAAACUGAAAAUGCCUAAAUUUGGUGUACCUGGGCUGAAAGGGGAGGGACCAGAUGUGGAUAUAGCACUUCCUAAGGGAGAGGUGGAUAUUUCUGGUCCCAAGAUAGAUAUUGAUGCUCCAGGUUUGAAUAUUGAAGGGCCUGAAGGACACGUAAAAGGUCCCAAAUUUAGGAUGCCUGAAAUGCACAUCAAGACCCCUAAAAUCUCCAUGCCAGACAUUGACUUGAAUCUGAAGGGCCCUAAGCUGAAGGGAGAUGUGGAUGUUUCUGUUCCAAAGCUGGAAGGAGAAUUGAAAGCUCCUGGAAUUGACAUUAAAGGCCCCAAAGUGGAUAUUGAUGCACCAGAUGUGGAUAUUCACGGCCCAGAUGGUAAACUGAAAAUGCCUAAACUGAAAAUGCCUAAAUUUGGUGUACCUGGGCUGAAAGGGGAGGGACCAGACAUGGAUAUAACAUUUCCAAAAGGGGAUGUGGGUAUUUCCGGUCCCAAAGUGAACAUUGAUAUCCCAAGUUUAGACAUUGAAGGGCCAGAAGGUAAAGUGAAAGGUCCAAAGUUUAAACUGCCUGAGCUAAAUAUUCAGACACCCAAAGUCUCCAUGCCAGAUGUGGACCUAGGUUUGAAGGCAUCUAAACUCAAAGGAGAUGUGGAUAUCUCUGUUCCAAAGAUAGAAGGUGAUUUGAAAAGACCCAGCAUUGACGUUAAGGGGCCUCAAAUUGAUAUUGAAGGUCCUCAAAUGGAUAUUGACAUGCCUGAUAUGGACUUGGAAUGUCCAGAAGGCAAACUGAAAGGCCCCAAAUUUAGGAUGCCUAAAAUGAAUAUCAAGGCCCCUAAAAUCUCCAUGCCAGAUGUUGAUCUGAAUCUAAAGGCACCUAAACUGAAAGGAGAGAUGGAUGUUUCUGUUCCAAAGAUGGGAGGUGAUUUUAAAGGACCCAGCAUUGACAUUAAGGGCCCCAAAGUUGACACUGAUGUUCCUGAUGUUGACCUUGAAUGUCCAGAAGCCAAACUGAAAAUGCCAAAAAUGAAGUUUCCAAAGUUUGGCAUGCCUGGCUUCAAAGGAGAGGGUCCUGACAUGGAUGUGAAACUCCCUAAGGGACAGGUGGAUAUUUGCGGUCCCAAAGUGGAUAUUGAUGCUCCAGGUUUGGACAUUGAAGGACCAGAAGGAAAAAUAAAAGGUCCCAAAUUUAAGAUGCCUGAAAUGCACAUCAAGACCCCUAAAAUCUCCAUGCCAGACAUUGACCUAAAUUUGAAAGGUCCCAAACUAAAAGGAGACGUGGAUGUUUCUAUUCCAAAGCUAGAAGGUGAUCUGAAAGGUCCUGAUGUUGACAUCAAUGCCCCCUCAAUAGAUAUUAAUGCACCAGAUAUUGAACUGCAGGGUUCAGGUGGAAAACUGAAAAUGCCCAAAAUGAAGAUGCCUCAAUUUAAUGUGUCAGGCCCUAAACUUGAAGGACCUGAUAUAGAUGUAAAAGUGCCAAAGGGAGAGGUUGAUAUUUCAGCUCCCAAGGUAGAUAUAGAGGCUCCAGAGCUGGACCUUGACGGCCCAGAAGGCAAAUGGAAAGGACCUAAAUUUAAAAUGCCUAAAUUGAAUAUUAAAGCACCUAAAAUCUCCAUGCCGGAUGUAGACUUGAAUCUCAAGGCACCGAAAAUGAAGGGGGAGAUGGAUGUUACUGUUCCAAAGAUAGAAGGUGAUUUGACAGGACCUGAAAUUGAUAUUAAAGGGCCAAAAUUAGACAUUGAGGCACCUGAUAUGGAUCUUGAGUGUCCUGAAGGAAAACUGAAAGGGCCAAAAUUCUCAAUGCCUUCUUGGAAAAUGUCACCAUCAAAAAUAUCCAUGCCAGAUGUGGACUUAAAUUUGAAAGGGCCCAAACUGAAGGGAGACUUGGAUGUUUCUGUCCCAAAGAUAGAAGGUGACUUGAAAGGACCUGAGAUUGACAUGAAAGGCCCCAAACUGGAUGUUGAUGCACCGGACAUGGGCAUUGAUGGGCCGGAAGGAAAAAUGAAAGGUCCCAAAUUUAAAAUGCCUGAAAUGCACAUCAAGGCCCCAAAAAUCUCUGUUCCUGAUGUAGACCUGAAUUUAAAAGCCCCUAAAAUAAAAGGGGAAGUUGAUAUCUCAGCUCCUAAAUUUGAAGGAAAUUUGAAAGGUCCUGAUUUUGAUAUCAAAGGCCCCAAGGUUGAUAUUGAUGCACCAGAUGCAGAUAUUCAUGGCCCAGAUGGUAAAUUCAGAAUGCCCAAAUUCAAAAUGCCCAAAUUCAGCAUGCCUGGGUUCAAAGGAGAGGGACCAGAGGUGGAUGUGAAGCUUCCAAAAGGGGAGAUGGAUAUUUCCGGUCCCAAGAUAGACAUUGAUGCUCCGCAGUUGGACGUUGAAGGUCCUGAAGGAAGGCUGAAAGGUCCUAAAUUUAAGAUGCCUGAAAUGCACAUCAAGGCACCUAAAAUCUCCAUGCCAGACAUUGAUUUGAAUGUGAAAGGUCCUAAAUUGAAAGGGGAUGUGGAUGUUUCUGUUCCAAACCUGGAAGGUGACUUGAGGGGGCCUGAAUUUAAUCUCCAAGGCCCCAAAGUUGGCAUUGAUGCACCAGAUAUGGAUAUUCACGGCCCAGAGGGUAAACUCAAAAUGCCUAAAUUCAAAAUGCCCAAAUUUGGCAUGCCUGGGUUCAAAGGGGAAGGCCCUGAUGUGGAUGUAAAACUUCCGAAGGGGGACGUGGAUAUUUCUGGGCCCACGGUAGACAUAGAUGCCCCAGAUUUGAACAUUGAAGGUCCAGAGGGAAAGCUGAAAGGUCCCAAAUUUAAGAUGCCUGAAAUGCACGUCAAGGCACCUAAAAUCUCCAUGCCAGAUUUUGAUUUGAACCUGAAAGGACCUAAAGUGAAGGGAGAUGUGGAUGUUUCUGUACCAAAGCUAGAAGGGGAUUUGAAAGGGCCCGAGUUUGAGAUCAAAGGUCCCAAAGUGGACAUUGAUGCUCCAGAUCUUGAUAUUGAAGGUCCUGAAGGAAAAUGGAAAGGCCCCAAAUUUAAGAUGCCUGACAUGCAUUUUAAAGCACCUAAAAUCUCCAUGCCAGACGUUGACUUUAAUUUGAAAGGUCCUAAAGUGAAGGGGGAUGUGGAUGUUUCUGUACCAAAGAUAGAAGGGGAUUUGAAAGGGCCUGAGGUUGAUAUCAGAGGCCCUAAACUGGAUGUUGAUGUUCCUGAGGUUGACCUGCAGGGACCAGAGGGAAGAUGGAAAGGUCCUAAAUUUAAGAUGCCUGAGAUGCACAUCAAGGCACCUAAAAUCUCCAUGCCAGACAUUGACUUGAAUUUGAAAGGCCCUAAAGUGAAGGGAGAUGUGGAUGUUUCUGUUCCAAAGAUUGAGGGUGAUUUGAAAGGUCCUGAAGUUGAUCUUAAAGGCCCCAAAGUUGACAUUGACGUACCAGACAUGGAUCUUCAUGGCCCAGAAGGUAAAUUUAAAAUGCCUAAGUUCAAAAUGCCCAAGUUUGGAAUGCCUGGGUUCAAAGGGGAGGGACCAGACGUGGAUGUAAGCCUUCCGAAAGGGGAGAUUGAUCUCUCAGGUCCAAAAGUAGACAUUGAUGCUCCUGAUUUGGAUAUUGAAGGGCCAGAAGGACACCUGAAAGGUCCCAGAUUUAAGAUGCCUGAAAUGCACAUCAAGGCACCUAAAAUCUCCAUGCCAGAUGUCGAUUUGAAUUUGAAAGGCCCUAAAGUGAAGGGGGAUGUGGAUGUGUCUGUUCCAAAUAUUGAGGGUGAUUUGAAAGGUCCUGAGUUUGAUAUAAAAGGCCCCAAUGUUGACAUUGCUGCACCAGACGUGGAUCUUCAUGGCCCAGAAGGUAAAUUUAAAAUGCCUAAAUUUAAAAUGCCCAAAUUCAGCAUGCCUGGGUUCAAAGGAGAGGGACCAGAGGUGGAUGUGAAGCUUCCAAAAGGGGAGAUGGAUAUUUCGGGUCCCAAGAUAGACAUUGAUGCUCCGGAGUUGGAUAUUGAAGGUCCUGAAGGAAGGCUGAAAGGACCUAAAUUUAAAAUGCCUGAAAUGCACAUCAAGGCACCAAAAAUCUCCAUGCCGGACAUUGACUUAAACUUAAAAGGUCCGAAAAUGAAAGGAGAUGUAGAUGUUUCUCUUCCAAAGCUAGAAGGUGACUUGAAGGGUCCUGAAUUUCAUCUCCAAGGCCCCAAAGUUGACAUUGAUGCACCAGAUGUGGAUAUUCAUGGCCCAGAGGGCAAAUUCAAAAUGCCUAAAUUCAAAAUGCCCAAGUUUGGAAUGCCCGGGUUCAAAGGGGAGGGACCAGAUGUGGAUGUAAGCCUUCCAAAAGGGGAGAUUGAUCUCUCAGGUCCAAAAGUAGACAUUGAUGCUCCUGAUUUGGAAAUUGAAGGUCCAGAUGGGAAAUGGAAAGGUCCUAAGUUUAAGAUGCCUGAAAUGCACAUAAAGGCACCCAAAAUCUCCAUGCCAGAUGUUGAUUUACACUUGAAAAGCCCUAAAGUGAAGGGAGAUGUGGAUGUGUCAGUUCCAAAAAUUGAGGGUGAUUUGAAGGGGCCUGAAUUUGAUAUUAAAGGCCCCCAAGUUGACAUUGAUGCACCAGACAUGGAUAUUCAUGGCCCAGAAGGUAAACUCAAAAUGCCUAAAUUCAAAAUGCCUAAAUUUGGCAUGCCUGGGUUCAAAGGAGAGGGUCCUGAUGUGGAUAUAAAACUUCCUAAGGGAGAGGUGGAUAUUUCUGGGCCAAAGGUAGACAUAGAUGCCCCAGAUUUGAACAUUGAAGGUCCAGAGGGAAAGCUGAAAGGUCCCAAAUUUAAGAUGCCUGAAAUGCAUGUCAAUGUUCCUAAAAUCUCCAUGCCAGACAUUGAUUUGAAUUUGAAAGGUCCUAAAUUGAGGGGGGAUGUGGAUGUUUCUGUACCAAAACUAGAAGGGGAUUUGAAAGGGCCCGAGUUUGAUAUCAAAGGUCCCAAAGUGGACAUAGACGCCCCUGAUGUGGAGAUUGAAGGUCCAGAUGGGAAAUGGAAAGGCCCCAAAUUUAAGAUGCCUGACAUGCAUUUUAAAGCACCUAAAAUCUCCAUGCCAGACGUUGACUUUAAUUUGAAAGGUCCUAAAGUGAAGGGGGAUGUGGAUGUUUCUGUUCCAAAACUAGAAGGGGAUCUGAAAGGGCCUGAGGUUGAUAUCAGAGGCCCUAAACUGGAUGUUGAUGUUCCUGAUGUUGACAUAGAGGGACCAGAGGGAAAGCUGAAAGGUCCUAAAUUUAAAAUGCCUGAAAUGCACAUCAAGGCACCUAAAAUCUCCAUGCCAGAUUUUGAUUUGAACCUGAAAGGCCCUAAAGUGAAGGGGGAUGUGGAUGUUUUCGUACCAAAGCUAGAAGGGGAUUUGAAAGGGCCUGAGUUUGAUAUCAAAGGUCCCAAAGUGGACAUUGAUGCUCCAGAUCUUGAUAUUGAAGGUCCUGAAGGAAAAUGGAAAGGCCCCAAAUUUAAGAUGCCUGAAAUGCACAUCAAGGCACCUAAAAUCUCCAUGCCAGACAUCGACUUUAAUUUGAAAGGCCCUAAAGUGAAGGGGGAUGUGGAUGUUUCUGUUCCAAAACUAGAAGGGGAUUUGAAAGGCCCUGAGAUUGAUAUUAAAGGGCCUAAAUUGGAUAUAGAUGCCCCGGAUGUGGAGAUUGAAGGCCCUGAUGGGAAAUGGAAAGGCCCCAAAUUUAAGAUGCCUGACAUGCAUUUUAAAGCACCUAAAAUCUCCAUGCCAGACUUUGAUUUGAAUUUGAAGGGUCCUAAAAUCAAGGGGGAUGUGGAUGUUUCUGGCCCUAAACUGGAAGGGGAUUUGAAAGGUCCUGAUUUUGAUAUCAAAGCCCCCAAAGUUGACAUUGAUGCACCAGAUGUGGAUAUUCAUGGCCCAGAGGGUAAACUCAAAAUGCCCAAAUUCAAAAUGCCCAAGUUUGGAAUGCCUGGAUUCAAAGGGGAGGGACCAGACGUGGAUGUAAGCCUUCCGAAAGGGGAGAUUGAUCUCUCAGGUCCAAAAGUAGACAUUGAUGCUCCUGAUUUGGAUUUUGAAGGGCCAGAAGGAAAACUGAAAGGUCCCAAAUUUAAGAUGCCUGAAAUGCACAUCAAGGCACCUAAAAUCUCCAUGCCAGAUGUUGAUUUACACUUGAAAGGUCCUAAGCUGAAGGGGGAUGUGGAUGUGUCUGUUCCAAAGAUUGAGGGUGAUUUGAAGGGGCCUGAGUUUGACAUCAAAGGCCCUAAAAUUGACUUUGAUGCACCAGAUGUGGAUCUUCAUGGCCCAGAGGGUAAACUCAAAAUGCCUAAAUUCAAAAUGCCCAAAUUUGGAAUGCCUGGGUUCAAAGGGGAGGGACCAGACGUGGAUGUAAGCCUUCCAAAAGGGGAGAUGGAUCUCUCAGGUCCAAAAGUAGACAUUGAUGCUCCUGAUUUGGAAAUUGAGGGGCCAGAAGGAAAAUGGAAAGGUCCUAAAUUUAAGAAGCCUGAAAUGCAUUUUAACGUUCCUAAAAUUUCCAUGCCAGAUAUCGAUUUAAAUUUGAAAGGUCCUAAACUGAAGGGAGAUGUGGAUGUUUCUCUUCCUAAAGUAGGUGGUGAUUUGAAAGGUCCCAAAGUUGAAGUCAAAGGACCAGAUAUUGAUCUUGAGGCUCCAAAACUUGAUAUAGAAGGAAAGACAAAAAAAUCAAGAUUUAAACUUCCUAAAUUUAGUUUUUCUGGCCCUAAAGUUCAAAACCCUGAUGUGGAUGUGAAACUUAAGAAAUCUGAUAUUGAUAUUUCUGGACCAAAGGUGGAUGUGAGUGCUCCAGAUGUGGACAUUCAGGGGAAAGCAAAAGGAUCUAAAUUUAAAAUGCCUUUCCUAAGUAUUUCAUCACCUAAAGUGUCAAUGCCAGAUGUGGAGUUAAAUCUGAAAGGUCCUAAACUGAAAGGAGACCUAGAUGUUUCUGGCCCAAAGCUAGAAGGGGAUUUAAAAGGGCCUGAAGUUGACCUCAAAAGCCCCCAAAUAGACAUCAGUGCACCAGACGUUGAUAUUCAUGGCCCAGAGGGUAAACUCAAAAUGCCAAAAUUGAAAAUGCCUAAAUUUGGAACACCUGGGUUCAAAGGAGAGGGUCCAGAUAUUGAUGUAAAACUUCCAAAAGGGGAGGUGGAUGUUUCAGGUCCCAAGAUAGACAUUGAUGCUCCAGAUUUGGAAAUUGAAGCUCCUGAUGGAAAAGUGAAAGGCCCCAAAUUUAAGAUGCCUGAAAUGCAUUUCAAUGUUCCUAAAAUCUCAAUGCCAGACAUUGAUUUGAAUUUGAAAGGCCCUAAAUUGAAGGGAGAUGUGGAUGUUUCUGUACCAAAACUAGAAGGGGAUUUGAAAGGCCCAGAAGUCGAUAUCAAAGGCCCUAAAGUGGAUAUAGAUGUCCCUGAUGUGGAGAUUGAAGGCCCAGAAGGCAAGUGGAAAGGUCCCAAAUUUAAGAUGCCUGAUAUGCAUUUUAAAGCACCUAAAAUCUCCAUGCCAGAUUUUGAUUUGAACCUGAAAGGACCUAAAGUGAAGGGGGAUAUGGAUGUUUCUGUUCCAAAGCUAGAAGGGGAUUUGAAAGGACCUGAGUUUGAUAUCAAAGGUCCCAAAGUAGACAUAGAUGCUCCUGAUCUUGAUAUUGAAGGUCCUGAAGGAAAAUGGAAAGGCCCCAAAUUUAAGAUGCCUGAAAUGAAUAUCAAGGCACCGAAAGUCUCAAUGCCUGACAUUGAUUUUAAUCUCAAAGGCCCUAAACUGAAGGGAGACAUAGAUGUUUCUGGCCCUAAGAUGGAGGGAGAUUUGAAGGGGCCUGAAAUUGAUAUCAGAAGUCCCAAAGUGGACAUUGGUGCACCAGACGUGGAUAUUCAUGGCCCAGAGGGUAAAAUCAAAAUGCCUAAAUUCAAAAUGCCCAAAUUCGGAAUGCCUGGGUUCAAAGGAGAGGGACCAGAUGUGGAUGUAAGUCUUCCAAAGGGAGAGAUUGAUAUUUCAGGACCCAAAAUAGACAUUGAUGCUCCUGAUGUGGAGAUUGAAGGACCAGAAGGAAAAUGGAAAGGUCCAAAAUUUAAGAUGCCUGAAAUGAAUAUCAAGGCCCCUAAAAUCUCCAUGCCGGACUUUGAUUUGAAUUUGAAAGCCCCUAAAUUGAAAGGAGAUGUGGAUGUUUCUGUUCCAAAAUUAGAAGGUGAUUUGAAAGGUCCUGAAGUUGAUAUCAAAGCCCCUAAACUAAACAUAGAUGCCCCUGAUGUGGAGAUUGAAGGACCAGAAGGAAAAUGGAAAGGUCCCAAAUUUAAAAUGCCUGACAUGCAUUUUAAAGCACCUAAAAUCUCCAUGCCAGACUUUGAUUUGAAUCUGAGAGGCCCUAAAUUGAAGGGGGAUGUGGAUGUUUCCAUACCAGAUUUUGAAGGUGAUAUGAGAGGCCCAGAAGUUGAUAUUAAAGGUCCCAAAUUGGACAUAGAUGCUCCAGAUCUUGACAUUGAGGGUCCAGAGGGAAAACUGAAAGGACCCAAAUUUAAGAUGCCUGAAAUGCAUUUCAAUGUUCCUAAAAUCUCCAUGCCGGACAUUGAUUUGAAUUUGAAAGGUCCUAAAUUGAAGGGGGAUGUGGAUGUUUCUGUACCAAAACUAGAAGGGGAUUUGAAAGGGCCCGAGUUUGAUAUCAAAGGUCCCAAAGUGGACAUAGAUGCCCCUGAUGUGGAGAUUGAAGGUCCAGAUGGGAAAUGGAAAGGCCCCAAAUUUAAGAUGCCUGACAUGCAUUUUAAAGCACCUAAAAUCUCCAUGCCAGACUUUGAUUUGAAUUUGAAGGGUCCUAAAAUCAAGGGGGAUGUGGAUGUUUCUGGCCCUAAACUAGAAGGGGAUUUGAAAGGUCCUGAUUUUGAUAUCAAAGCCCCCAAAGUUGACAUUGAUGCACCAGAUGUGGAUAUUCAUGGCCCAGAGGGUAAACUCAAAAUGCCCAAAUUCAAAAUGCCCAAGUUUGGAAUGCCUGGAUUCAAAGGGGAGGGACCAGACGUGGAUGUAAGCCUUCCGAAAGGGGAGAUUGAUCUCUCAGGUCCAAAAGUAGACAUUGAUGCUCCUGAUUUGGAUUUUGAAGGGCCAGAAGGAAAACUGAAAGGUCCCAAAUUUAAGAUGCCUGAAAUGCAUUUCAAUGUUCCUAAAAUCUCCAUGCCAGACAUUGAUUUGAAUUUGAAAGGUCCUAAACUGAAGGGGGAUGUGGAUGUUUCUGUACCAAAAUUAGAAGGUGAUUUGAAAGGGCCUGAGUUUGAUAUCAAAGGUCCCAAAGUGGACUUAGACGCCCCUGAUGUGGAGAUUGAAGGUCCAGAUGGGAAAUGGAAAGGCCCCAAAUUCAAGAUGCCUGACAUGCAUUUUAAAGCACCUAAAAUCUCCAUGCCAGACUUUGAUCUGAAUUUAAAAGGGCCCAAACUGAAGGGAGAUGUGGAUGUUUCUGUGCCAAAUAUUGAAGGUGAUUUGAGAGGCCCUGAAGUCGAUAUUAAAGCUCCCAAAUUGGACAUAAAUGCUCCUGAAGUGGAGACUGAGGGCCCAGAAGGAAAAUGGAAAGGUCCCAAAUUUAAGAUGCCUGACAUGCAUAUUAAGGCACCUAAAAUAUCAAUGCCUGAUGUGGACUUCAACCUUAAGGGUCCUAAGCUGAAAGGAGAUCUAGAUGUUUCUGGGCCUAAGUUAGAAGGUGAUUUGAAAGGUCCUGAAUUUGAUAUCAAAGGUCCCAAAGUGGACAUGGAUGCACCAGACAUCGAUAUUCAUGGCCCAGAAGGAAAAUUGAAAAUGCCCAAAAUGAAAUUUCCUAAAUUCAGCAUGCCUGGGUUCAAAGGGGAAGGCUCGGAUGUGGAUGUAAAUCUUCCAGAAGGAGGGGUUGAUAUUUCGGGUCCUAAGAUAGACAUUGAUGCCCCCAAUUUGGAUAUUGAAGGGCCUGAAGGGAAAUGGAAAGGUCCAAAAUUUAAGAUGCCUGAAAUGAAUAUCAAGGCACCUAAAAUCUCCAUGCCAGACAUUGAUUUAAACUUAAAAGGUCCUAAAAUUAAAGGAGACAUGGAUGUUUCUGUCCCUAAGAUAGAAGGUGAUUUAAAAGGUCCAGAGAUAGACAUUAAAUCCCCCAAAAUGUCUGUUGAUGUUCCUGAUCUUGACUUUGAAGGUCCAGAAGGAAAACUGAAAGGUCCUAAAUUUAAGAUGCCAGAAAUGCAUAUUAAAGCACCCAAAAUCUCCAUGCCAGAUUUUGACUUGAAUUUAAAGGGGCCUAAACUGAAGGGAGACAUGGAUGUUUCUAUUCCAAAGUUGGAAGGGAAUUUGAAAGGUCCUGAAAUUGACAUUAAAGGCCCCAAAUUGGACAUAGAUGCACCUGAUAUCAACAUUGAAGGGCCAGAAGGAAAACUGAAAACUCCCAAAUUUAAGAUGCCUGAAAUGCACAUCAAGGCCCCUAAAAUCUCCAUGCCAGAUGUAGACCUGAAUCUAAAGGCACCUAAACUGAAAGGAGACAUAGAUCUUUCUGGUCCAAAAAUAGAGGGUGAUUUGAAAGGUCCUGAAUUUGAUAUCAAAGGUCCCAAAGUGGACAUUGAUGCACCAGACAUUGAUAUUCAUGGCCCUGAAGGAAAACUGAAAUUACCCAAAAUGAAGCUGCCUAAAUUCAGUACGCCUGGGUUCAAAGGGGAAGGCCCAGAUGUGGAUGUAAGUCUUCCAAAGGGAGAGGUUGAUAUUUCAGGUCCUAAGAUAGAUAUUGGCACUCCUGAUUUGAACAUUGAAGGUCCAGAAGGAAAACUGAAAGGGCCAAAAUUUAAGAUGCCUGAGAUGCAUUUUAAGACACCCAAAAUCUCAAUGCCAGACAUUGAUUUAAAUUUGAAAGGUCAUAAAAUGAAGGGGGACUUUGAUGUUUCUGUUCCCAAGAUUGAGGGUAAUCUUAAAGGUCCUGAAGUUGAUAUCAAAGGCCCAGAAUUUGGGAUUAGAAGUCCUGAGCUUGAUGUUGAGUGUCCAGAUGUGACCACUGAGGGCCUUGAGGGAAAUGUUAAACUUCCCAAAUUUAAGAAACCAAAAUUUGGGUUUGGAAUUAAAAGUCCUAAGGCAGAAAUCAAAUCUCCUGAAGUGGAUAUUGCUGUCCCGGAAGGUGAACUGAAUGUGGAGUCUCCUGAUAUUGGCAUUUCUGGCAAAGGAAAAAAAAGCAAAUUUAAAAUGCCUAAACUUCAUAUGAGUGGCCCUAAAAUUAAAGGAAAGAAGGGUGGAUUUGAUAUGAAUCUACCCAGUGGUGAGAUAGAUGCAAAUUUGAAAUCUCCUGAUUUAGAUCUCAAUGUAACUGGCCCAGAGGCAACAAUAAAAGGAGAUAUUAAUGUCAAAUCCCCGAAAGGAAAGAAACCAAUGUUUGGGAAAAUCUCUUUUCCAGAUGUUGAGUUUGAUAUUAAAUCACCUAAGUUCAAAGCUGAUGCUUCUGUGACAGUUCCUAAAAUGGAAGGAGAAUUUAAAGCACCCGAUUUGGAGGUUUCCACACCAGCUUUCAAAGGUGAUAUAAAGUCACCAGGUCUUGACAUUACAAGCCCCAGUAUCAGCGCAAAUCUUCCUGAUGUUAACAUUGGAGGUCCUGAUAUCAAUCUUAAGAAACCUAAGGUCAAACUUCCAAGUGGAAAUAUUGAUAUAGCUGGUCCAAAAAUGGAAGGUGAUCUGAGAAUCCCAGGUAUUGACACAAACAUUAAUGCCCCUGACAUCAAACUUAAAGGACCUACAGUGAAUCUGCCUUCGGUGGACAUUUCUGCUCCUUCAUUCUCUGCAUCUGAUCUUGAUAUUAACUUGAAAGGACCAAAAGUAAAAGGUGAUGUCAGUCUUCCCACAGCAGACCUGGAAGGUCCAGAAGGAAAACUAAAAUUUCCCAAGUUCUCACUGCCCAAGAUAGGGAAACCAGGUCUGAAUUUAGAAGGAGCUGAUGUGCAGCUGCCCUCAGCAAGCGUGGAUGUAUCAGCUCCAAGUAUUGAAGGAGGUAUGAGUGUUCCUGCAAUUGAAGGAGUAGAUGCAAAACUGAAGGGACCUAAGGUGACUAUGCCAUCAGUAAACCUUUCAAUGCCCCAAGUCUCUGGACCUGAUUUUGAUGUAAACUUGAAAGGACCAAAACUAAAAGGAGACCUGGAUGUGUCUAGUGACCUUAAAGGUCCAAAAGUGGACAUACAUGCACCAGAUGUUGAUAUGAAAGGCUUUGGAGGAAAGCUUAAAAUGCCCAAGUUUAAAUCUCCAACUUUGGAGGGACCUCAAGCAGAUCUGAACAUGAAAGGGGACAUUGGAUUUUCUGCCCCACAAAUUGAGGGGGGCAUGAAAGCACCAGGUAUGGAUGUACAUCUCAGUGCCCCAGACCUUGAUAUCAAAGGGCCUACAGUGAAAAUGCCAUCGGUAGGUAUUUCUGCCCCAGAUUUUGAUGUAAAUUUGAAAGGACCAAAGUUAAAAGGAGAUCUUGAUCUUUCUGGUGGCAUUAAAUCCCCAAAAGUGGCUAUAGAUGCACCAGAUGUUAACUUGGAAGGUCCAGGAGGCGCGAUUAAACUUCCUUCACUGAAGCUUCCCCAAUUUGGCAUUUCUAGUCCUCAUGUUGAGGGGUCUAAGAUGGGUGUGAGUAUUGAAGGACCACAAAUUAAAGGAGACCUUGCUGGCUCAGGGAUUGAUGGAGAAUUGAAAGGGCCUACAUUUAAAAUGCAACCACUUCAAGUUUCAGCUCCAAAAAUCUCUGCACCCGACAUUGACUUAAACUUAAAAGGACCAAACCUAAAGGGUGAUGUUAAUAGUGCUGGUGAUGUUAAAGGCCCAAAAGUUGGAGUGGAAGCACCAGAUAUCAGCAUCAAAAGUUCAGGUGGAAAUAUUCAAAUACCAUCAGUAAAACUGCCCAAAUGUGACAUUUCAGGUUCCCAAGGCAUGAAGGUUUCUGGGGUGGGUAUUGCAGCUAAUGCUCCUGAUAUCAGUUUAACAGGUCCUGCCUUCAGUGUAUCAACACCAAAAGUUUCUGGGUCAGAUUUUGAUGUAAAUUUGAAAGAACCUAAAAUCAAAGGAGGUUUCGGCAUUUUUGGAGACAUGAAAGCUCCUGAUGUAAAUGUUGGGGUACCACACUUGGGCAUUCAGCAUUCAGGUGGUGAAUUCAAAGGGCCACAGCUUUCAUCUUCUGGUUUUGAUGUAGAAAUGAAUGUGCCAGAUGUUGCAGGGGGUCUUCAUGUUUCUGGCCCAAAGAUAGAGGGUGGUCUGAAAGGUCCCAAGGUAGGAAUCAAAGGUCCUGGCGUAGAUAUGAAUUUUCCACAAAGUAACUUAGAAAGUGCAUCAGGAAAAGUGACAUUCCCCAGGAUGAAAUUGCCUAAAUUUGUGUCUUCAGGGCAUGAGGUAACAGGAAGAGAAGUAGGGGUUGAUGUUAACUUCCCUACGCCAGAUGCCAGUCUCCAGGCUGGUGCGGUGGAGGCUGAGUUUGAAGAGCCAGAUGUCAAACUUAAGAAAUCUAAAAUUAAGAUGCCAAAGUUUAAUUUUUCAAAACCUAAAGGCAAAGGCACCAUUGUUGGCUCACCGGAAGCCUCAGUGUCCAUUUCAGGAUCUAAAGGAGAUUUAAAAAGUUCCAAGGCAAGUCUAGGUUCUAUGGAGGGUGAACUGGGGGGAGGGGAAGCUGCUGCCACUUCACCUAAAGGGAAGUUUUCGUUAUUUAAAAGCAAAAAGCCACGUCAUCGGUCAUCUUCCUUUAGCGAUGAACAUUCCUCCCAGUCAACCCCCACUGGCACCUUGGAGUUUGAGUGCAGCUCAGGAGCAGAGAAGGAAAAGCAGGCCAAGAUGAAAUUUGGAACGUUUGGAGGGAUAGGGUCAAAAACUAAAGGCUCUUAUGAGGUAACUGGAAGUGACGAUGAAGCAGGAAAGAUGCCAGGGAGUGGGGUCUCGUUAACGUCCAAGAAAUCCCGCCUGUCUUCCUCUUCGAGUAAUGACAGCGGGACAAAGGGGGGGUUCCGAGUGCCAGUGGUAGAACUGACCGUUGCCAAAAAGAAAGAGUAAAGCGUCCGUGUAUAUAUGUCUGUGUAUGUAUAUAUAUAUAUCUCUCUCUUCUGUGUUUGUAUAUAAAUUUCAUAGCUUGAAAUAUUUUCAACCUCAGCAAUAAAAUGAAUGGUGCCUAGUGAAAUGUUAGAUGUCAUGUUGCCUACUCAAAAGAGAGGAGAGUUUAAAAGCAAGUGACCUUGGAGCUGUACCACAGUUCAUCUGAUGUAUUUGAAAGUUUCUUUGUGUUCAUGAUAUUUGGUUUGCGCAUUAAAUGCUGAGAGCUUAAGUUUACUAGCAAACUAUUUUGAUAUCCUUUUCAUUUUACUGGAUAUUUUCAGUGUCGGUUUAUGGAAAUAAUGUUUCCAUCUUAAUUACCUUUUGGCUUUUAUUUGCAGGGCUUACAUUUCUGUAAUGAGAAUGGAUAUAUUGAAAACACUGUAAAAUAUAUAGAUACAACUGAAAUAUGUCACUUUCCCUUGUAAUGUGGGGUUUAAAAUGACACGGAGUGUUUAUCACAGAAAGCUGUGGUUUCUAUUAGCUUUGAUAGUUGUGGUGGUAAGAAAAGUACCCCAGUUUAAUUUAAGACUAGAGAAUCCGGGUUGCUUUUGAUAAAAGUCAUGAAGAAAAACAGAAUUUACCAAUAAACGACUAACCUGUUUUGGGUUGGAUUCGACUGACACCAUCUUAGUUGUCUCCGUAUAUUUGUUUCAUUAUUUGUAUUAUAAGAGAGGACUUUUCUUAGUUAUGGUGCAAAAAUCUGUGACUGCCACUUUUCUGAUAUUUGUUAUAAUUUCUGUUAACAAAUGUAUCUUGAUUUAAAAAAAAUCUUUCAGCACUUUAAUGGCAAAUGAAUUGAGAAUGUAAGAAGAUUGAUCUUGUAAAAUGCAAAUAAACUGUUUAUUAACCUUG